CAUCGUUUUAUUUGGCUGAGUGAUAUGUUGUGUUCCUUCAUUGUUUAGAUACACAAGAAAUCAGCAAGUCAAGUAAUUUUUUGUCGUUGUAUUGUAGUUGGAUAUGUAAAUUUUGUCUGCUAUGGACCAUCUGACAACAUAUAAAGGAAACAACUUCAAUAUGUAAUUUAAGUUUAGUUGAAACCGAAACAGGUGACAAUAAUGUCGAAACUAAUUGGGUUUUUAGUAGUGAUUGUAGGAGUUCAAGUGGCAGCGUCUUCGUGGGAGUUUUAUAAAGGUCCUGUAGCAUCGUAUGGUGGCGUCAAUAACAAUGGAGAUAUAGGUGUCAGAGGAAGUGAUGGAUCACUUCGUCAAGAAACGUAUUAUUAUUUGUAUCCAAAUUUCAUAAACCCACUUGGAGGUGUUGAUAAUAAUGGAAAAGUAGGGGUUAGAAGAAGUGAUGGUUCGUUGCGUCAAGGUGAUGGACGAUAUGCUAGUGCCUACGGUGAUGGUAACAAUGCUAUGAAAAAGCCAAGCAAAAAGGGCAAACUGAAAAACAAAACAAAAUAAAAGUACGAAACGUGAAAGAGAAAUGUUUAUUUCUUUGAUCUAUUUUCUAAUCUAUGUGCUGCAGCUAUGUUUAACCUAAAAGUUGCUGUAGUUUCUAUUACAAAUAAAGACAAAAAAAAAUAGAUCAAA